AUGGCAACUGAAGAGAGAGCUGUUCCCCUCCGCUUGGGUUCCAUCGCCCCCAACUUCCAGGCCGACACCACCAACGGCCCCAUCGACUUCCACGAAUUCAUCGGCGACAACUGGGUCGUCCUCUUCUCCCACCCCGAGGACUACACCCCCGUCUGCACCACCGAGCUCGGCGCCUUCGCCAAGCUGGAGCCCGAGUUCACCAAGCGCGGCGUCAAGUUGAUCGGUCUCUCCGCCAACACCGUCGAGUCUCACGGAGGAUGGAUCAAGGACAUCGACGACAUCACCGGCAGCAAGCUGACCUUCCCCAUCAUCGGUGACAAGAACCGCCACGUUGCCUACCUCUACGACAUGCUGGACCACCAGGACACCACCAACGUCGACUCCAAGGGCAUUGCGUUCACCAUCCGCUCCGUCUUCAUCAUUGACCCCAAGAAGACCAUCCGUCUGAUCCUGUCCUACCCCGCCUCCACCGGCCGCAACACCGCCGAGGUCCUCCGUGUCGUUGACUCUCUCCAGACCGGUGACAAGCACCGUGUCACCACCCCCAUCAACUGGGUUCCCGGUGACGAUGUCAUCGUCCACCCCAGCGUCAAGAACGAGGAGGCCAAGACCCUGUUCCCCAACUUCCGCAUCGUCCGACCAUACCUCCGAUUCACCCCUCUGCCCAAGGAGGAGACCUCCGCCGCCGUCUAA